AUAGUAUUAUUAUAAUCUGUCAGUUCGAUCAGCGAUCAUCAUACAAUUAUUAUAAUAUUAUCGUAUAUCMAACAAACUUAUCCACACAAUGGCAGCCAAAGCCUUAAUCUUAGCCUGUUUGGCCAUUCAAGCCAACAUCAUUGCUGGAUUAGAUUGCUCACCUUCAUAUUCGUCUGGAUAUGAACAGAAAGAACAUUCUUCUCCAUCGUAUGGUCCCAAGCCUCAAUCUUAUUCUGCUCCACCAUCAUACUCUUCUCCUUCUUCAUACUCAGCUUCGUCAUAUGGCCCCAAGCCUCAAUCUUAUACUGCUCCACAAUCAUACUCUUCUCCUUCUUCAUACUCAGCUCCAUCGUAUUCCGCACCUUCUUACUCUGCUCCUUCAUAUUCUUCUCCAGCUUAUGGCAAGCCACAAGCUUACUCUUCUCCUUCGUCGUACUCAGCCCCGUCAUACUCAGCACCAUCAUACUCUGCUCCAGCCCCGUCAUACUCAGCACCAUCAAACUCUGCUCCAUCAUACUCCGCACCAUCGUACUCUGCUUCUACAUAUUCUUCAGCACCUCAAGCUUAUAGCAAGCCCCAAUCAUAUUCCGCUCCUUCUUAUAAUGCCCAAUCUUACUCAGCUCCUUCUUACUCUACUCCAGCUUACGGUAAACAACAAUCUUACUCAGCUCCUUCUUACUCUGCCCCAGCCUAUGGUAAGCAACAAUCUUAUUCUACUCCUUCUUACUCUGCUCCAGCCUAUGGUAAGCAACAAUCUUAUUCUGCUCCGUCUGCAUCCUAUGAACAAUCCAAAUACCCAGUAUCACAAUACUCAGCUCCCUCAUACGAAGCCAAGCCACAGUCAUACUCAGCUCCCAAUCCGUCAUACAAUACCAAACCAUAUCAAUCCGAAUCGACCUACCCAUCUUACCCAAGUCAAAAAGCUCACGCUGAAGAAUCUUACGCACCCAAACCGUACAAAUUUGAAUACAGCGUGAAUGACGAACAUACAUAUGACAUCAAAAGCCAAAAGGAAGAAAGUGACGGAUACCACGUAAAAGGAUACUACACUUUAUUGGAGGCUGAUGGUUCCCGUAGAACUGUCGAGUAUACCGCAGAUGAAAAUGGAUUUAACGCGGACGUUAAAAAAGAAGAAGCUCAAGGUUACAACAAAGCAGCUCCAGCGUACAACAAGGACUCUCAAACUUAUAAAUCUGCACCAGCURCCUACAGCGCACCCUCAUACAAUAAACAAGAAUCCUCAUACGGUGCACAACCUUCUUAUAACGCACCUGCUUACAACAAACAAGAAUCUUCAUACGGUGCCCCAGCCAAACAAUCUCAGGAAUACGAAGCUCCGUCGGGAGAAACCAAACAAACCAUGGCGUUCACUAUUUUUGCAGUUUCAGCAUGUUUAUUAUUGUCGGUCGCCAACGUCACUCCUAUCUCCGUACCAUCGUACCCAUCGCCGUCGAGUCCGUCUUCUCCAUCAUACUCGCCAGCUCCGACAUACUCGCCAACUCCGUCGUACAGCUCAGCUCCGGCCUACAAACCAGCUCCAUCGUACAGUCCAGCUCCGUCGUACAGCCCAGCCCCAGCCUACAAGCCAGCCCCGGCAUACAAGCCAGCCCCAGCGUACAAACCAGCACCGUCUUACUCUGCUCCGUCUUACUCGGCGCACUCUUACUCAGCGCCCUCUUACUCCGCACCUUCUUACUCCGCACCGUCUUACUCCGCACCGUCUUACUCCGCACCGUCUUACUCAGCACCUUCUUACUCAGCACCGUCUUACUCCGCACCGUCUUACUCCGCACCAGCACCGUACAAAUCGCAAGAACCCGAGUACCCGGCUAAGCCAUACAGCUUUGACUACUCUGUCAACGACUACCAAACUGGCGAUGUCAAAAGUCAGGCCGAGUACAGUGACGGCAAGAACGUGAAAGGUUACUACAGCCUUAUCGAGGCAGACGGAACCAAAAGGAUUGUCGAAUACACCGCUGACGAAUACGGUUUCAACGCUGUCGUCAAGAAGGAAGGCACUCCAUCGUACGGCUCCGCCGCUCCAGCUUACAAGGCCCCCGCUUACCCAGCRGCCCCAGCUUACCCGAGCCCUGCCUACUAACGAGUCCCUCACCAUGACUGUUCCCCUAUAACUGUGUUAGGCGUCGCCUAAAACAAAUGGCAAACAUCGAAAAGUAAUGAUAAUAUUAAUGACAUUUACGACUGUGUAAUAUAGAAUGAACAUUGAACAUCGUGACGUGCUAUCGUUGCUACGCCGUUUUGUACUGCACGUAGAUACAACUGUUUUACGAACUAGUAACAAAAAAAUUAUUAUUAUUAUUAUUAUUAUCAUUUAUUUGUUGUAUAAGUCUUCCUAAUUUUAUUUUUUAUGGU